GCGUGAGCCGUCGAGUCGAACCCCAGUGCUGCCGGCAAGUCUACCACGCGCACACGUCGCGACUCUAUAAUGUAUAGUGCAAGUUUAUUGUCGUUCGCCGCUUGCGUUGCUUUCGCAAACGCAGGCAUCCUCCUCGAGCACGCGCCAGCGUGCCCUGAGCAACAUGGUGUUCAAGCGUACGCGCACCCCGAGCUCUGUGACCAGUUCUUCCUGUGCACCAACGGCACGCUGACGGUGGAGACCUGCGAGAACGGCCUGCUCUUCGACGGGAAGGGCGCUGUCCACAACCACUGCAACUACAACUGGGCCGUCGACUGCGGCACCAGAAAGGCUGAUUUGACCCCCUACUCGACCCCCGGUUGCGAAUACCAGUUCGGCAUCUACCCAGACAGCGCCGAGUGCUCGACCAGCUACAUCAAGUGCGCCUUCGGGAUUCCCGAGCAGGAGCCCUGCACCCCCGGCCUGGUGUACGACGAGAGGAUCCACGGCUGCAACUGGCCUGACCUGCUGCAACCUUUCUGCAACCCUGAAGCGGUCGUCGGCUUCAAAUGCCCCACCAAGGUGCCUUCGAACACGCAGGCUGCCAAGUUCUGGCCAUUCCCUCGUUUCCCAGUACCUGGGGACUGCCAUAGACUGAUCACAUGUGUGGAAGGCCAGCCCCGUCUGAUCACCUGCGAAGAAGGCAAGGUCUUCGACGACCAGAACCUCACCUGUGAGGACCCAGAGCUGGUGCCGCACUGCGGACACUGAUGGAGAUAAUGUUUGUAUCGCAAGACGAAAACGAAACUGUGAGGUUUUAGAAAUUAAGUCUAAAACAGAAUGAAGUUUUAUCCACAUCAACACACAUGUUAAUGUUCCUAGAUAUUUUUUAUUAUCAGGUUUCUCAUUUUUUAUUUUUUUAAACAACUACAAGUUUGUAUAUUCAGUUAAGCACAACUGUUUUCGUUUUGUGAUACUGGUAUGAUGUAAUUAUAUAUGUAUCUAAUUUAAAUCUUCUGAAAGCAAAUCCGAAAUAUUCUUCCACCGAAAUCUAUUUAUUAACUAACUCGUGAAUUUCAAUCAAAUUGCUAUACCUAAACCAAUGUAUGUAAACUCGAUAUGUACCUACGUUGCCAAAUACAAUCGAUUCGAGCGUGAUAUUAGU